CUCGCUCUCCUCAAUUCUGGGGCCUCCAUUGCCACUCCCUCUGCCGGGCGAGUCGCGCGACGUUCGCUCUCUUUGAUGACCGAUGGGACUGGGACGGUGUCGUCCUCGGUGGAGACCCACGUGCGCGUGGUGGCGCGCUUCCGUCCGCCCAUCACUGAACACGAAGAGACGGACGAUGCGGCCUUCCUGAUCCACGCAGGCGACGACUCGCCCUCCGUGGCCUUGGGGGUAGCAGAGCGGGCGGCCGUGCAGUCACAAGAUGGGCGGUUUCGCUUCGAGUUCGACACCGCCUUCGGUGAAGAGGCCAGUCAAGAAGUGGCAUAUCAGCGCAUUGGCCGGCCAGCUGUGCAAGAGGUCCUCGCAGGCUACAACGGGACCAUCUUGAUGUAUGGUCAGACAGGCAGUGGCAAGACCUUCAGCCUCUUUGGUAGUUUCACUGAGCCGACGUUGCGCGGUUUGGCGCCCCGUGCUGCAGAGGAACUGGUGCAGCAGUGCUUGUCCAGCGAAAUGGAGGAGUCCACUAUCCAAUGUAGUUUCUUGGAGAUCUAUCGAGAACGCAUGCGAGAUUUGCUUCAUCCUUCCAACCAGAGUUUACGGAUCAAGGAGAUUCCCCAAAGGGGCUUGAUCGUGGACGGUUUGACUCAGGAUGAGAUCACCAGCAGUGGCGACAUCCUCAAGGCUUUGGACACUGGCAACGCUUGGAGAUCUGUCGCGGCCACGCGGCAAAAUGCCUAUUCCUCCAGGUCACAUGCCAUUUUCACCCUCUACGUCUCGCGUCGGAGCCUCACCGAGGCCUGUCGAGAGCGCACGGGGAAGCUCUCCUUGGUGGAUUUGGCCGGCAGCGAACGUGUCAGUCGAAGCCACUGUGUGGGAGAGACCUUGGAAGAAGCCAAGAAGAUCAAUGCCUCGCUCACCGCACUCGGCAAGGUGAUUGAUGCCUUGGUGGAACGCCGAGGGCACGUGCCGUAUCGAGACUCAACUCUCACACGGGUCUUGGAAGAGGCGUUGGGUGGAAACUCACGCACCACUUUGAUGGUCACCGCAUCUGCGUGUGCGCAGCAUAUGGAAGAGACCCUUUGCUCCCUCCGCUUCGCCACCCGUGCUCAGAAGGUCAGGAACUACGCCCAUGUGAACUUUGUCUACUCUGCAGAGGAGCUAUGGCCACUGGUGGCUCAGCUCCAGAAGGACUUGGCGCAAGCCCGACGCGAGCUUGGCGCGAAGGAGAAGCGACAUCGCUGUCGGAGCAGCUCUGUGGACGAGAUGAAGGAGCUCAUCCUGCAAGUGCCCAAGACUGGGGGCACACCCCAACUUGCCCCGGAUGCUUCCUGGUCCACAGGCUUUUCCCGCUUCAGCACCGUCUCCGCGGAGUCCCCGCGCUCGGAAAGUUCACCAUCGGCGCCAUCGGACUUGAGGUCCCGGUGCUUAGAAGACGAUGAGCCCACAGCUGGAGCACCCUCUGUGCCUUCGCAUCCUCAAACCUCACAGUUAGAGGCUUUGCAAGUGGCCCUGCAAGCCUUGCAAGGUUUGGAGGAGGUGCUCCUGGCACAAGAGGAGGCCUUGGAACAAGCGCAGCUCUUGAGACCCGAGGCUCUCCAAGGCAAGGUUUGCCCUUCAGAGGUUCCCUGUGCAGAGGACCCUGAGAACAAGGAUAAGAUCCGUUUCUUCAAGGCGCAGGCGGAGCCAGACUCUUGGACCUCACGCUGGCGCCUACUGCAAGCCCAAACCGAACUGCGGAGUCAUCGCUGGCGGCUGCUGCGCGAGCGUUCCCGGAGUGCGGCCCUGGAACGUGAACUGGAGAUCAGGACACGGCAUGGCGCGGAUUUGCAGCGCCAAUUAGAGGCGGCGCAGGCCGAGUUGGCUUUGCUGAAGGGUGGCGGAGAACGUCAGAGUAGCUCCCCGCGGCGCUCGCGGACGACCAAGUCAGCGAUGGUCAAGAUGAAGUCCACGCCCGCGCUUCACGAGGCCAACGAGCGCGGAAUGGGAACGGAGCCGGACCCAAGCAGCUCCCCACGGAAGCGGCCGCUGAAGUCACAGACCAUGGUGAAGAUGAAAUCUACACCAGUCCUGGAUGGGGAGCGGGAGCAGGGCGAGUCGCAGCUGAAAGCCUUGCGGGAGGCGCAGUGUGCCUUGCGGGGUGAAAACUUGGAGCUCAAGCAGGAGCUGGUGCAGCAAAAGCACCAAAUGGCUGCGCAGGCGGCGGAUCUGGCUGCCCUGGAGGUCCGCGUGAGCGCCAAAAGCCACGAGGCUCAGAUCAAGGACGCCUUGCUGAAGUGUUUGCAAAAGGAGGCGUGGCAUGCCUGCGAGCAUGGCGACGACGAGCUUCAGAAGACCCUCUCUGCGGUCACGGUACCCUUGCUCGGAGCUCUGCGGGCCCCUCCGACACUGUCCGUGCCAAUAACAAGCUCAGGCACCGUGUCGCCAGCGGUUCCCAGCCAUUUCUCGUCCAUUUGUGUGCUGCCAGGAAUGCCGGCACCGAUGGUCCACCCACAUGUGCGGUGAGGGGAGAACGUGUCACUCCGGCGGCGACUCCCAAGGAAGCGCCGGGGUCACAAACGCGGGAGCAGAGCGCGCAAACGCGGAAGCAGGAGACCGAGAAAAAUCAUGUUGUCCAUCCG